AAUUUUACCAAGCCGAUUUUCGGAGGGAUUAAUUGGACUCGUUUUAAAUGGUCAAUGAAAACAAGAGGAUGUACAUUCCUGAGGAAAACCAUCAAGGUUCCAACUAUGGGAGUCCCCGUCCAGCUCAUGCCAACAUGAAUGCCAAUGCAGCUGCAGGGCUUGCUCCAGAGCAUAUCCCUACUCCAGGGGCAGCUCUGUCUUGGCAAGCUGCGAUCGAUGCUGCCAGGCAAGCCAAACUGAUGGGUAGUGCUGGCAAUGCAACGAUAUCUACAGCUAGCUCCACGCAGAGGAAACGACAGCAGUAUGGGAAGCAGAAGAAACAGGGAACCACCACAGCUACACGUCCUCCUCGGGCACUGCUCUGCUUAACACUCAAAAAUCCCAUCCGGAGGGCAUGCAUCAGCAUCGUCGAAUGGAAAUCAUUUGAAAUAAUUAUUUUACUGACUAUUUUUGCCAAUUGUGUGGCCUUAGCUAUCUAUAUCCCCUUUCCAGAAGAUGAUUCCAAUGCCACCAAUUCCAAUCUGGAACGAGUGGAGUAUCUCUUUCUCAUAAUUUUUACAGUGGAAGCAUUUUUAAAAGUAAUAGCCUAUGGACUUCUCUUCCACCCCAACGCUUACCUCCGCAAUGGCUGGAAUUUACUAGAUUUUAUAAUUGUGGUAGUAGGGCUUUUUAGUGCAAUUUUAGAACAAGCAACCAAAGCAGAUGGAGGGAAUUCAAUAGGAGGGAAAGGUGCCGGAUUCGACGUGAAAGCGCUGCGGGCGUUCCGCGUGUUGCGUCCCUUACGGCUGGUGUCUGGAGUUCCCAGUCUCCAGGUGGUUUUAAAUUCAAUUAUCAAGGCCAUGGUCCCUUUGUUGCACAUUGCCCUGCUGGUGCUGUUUGUCAUUAUCAUCUAUGCCAUCAUUGGACUGGAGUUAUUCAUGGGGAAGAUGCAUAAGACCUGCUACCAUGUGCAAGGGGGACUGAUAGACACACCUGCAGAAGAUGAUCCGUCUCCCUGCGCCCCCCAGUCCGCGCACGGGCGGCAGUGCCAGAACGGCACAGAGUGCAAGGCAGGCUGGGAGGGUCCCAAGCAUGGCAUCACCAACUUUGACAACUUUGCUUUUGCCAUGCUGACAGUGUUUCAGUGCAUCACCAUGGAGGGCUGGACAGAUGUGCUCUACUGGGUCAAUGAUGCCAUAGGAAGGGACUGGCCCUGGAUCUAUUUUGUUACUCUAAUCAUCAUAGGGUCAUUUUUUGUACUUAACUUGGUUCUCGGUGUGCUUAGCGGGGAGUUUUCCAAAGAAAGAGAAAAGGCUAAGGCUCGAGGGGACUUCCAGAAGCUACGGGAAAAACAGCAGCUAGAGGAGGAUUUGAAGGGAUACUUAGACUGGAUCACUCAAGCAGAAGAUAUUGACCCAGAAAAUGAAGAUGAAGGCAUGGAUGAGGAGAAGCCUCGAAACAUGAGCAUGCCCACCAGUGAGACCGAGUCCGUGAACACAGACAACGUGCCUGGAGCUGACAUGGAAGGCGAAAACUGCGGUGCUAGGCUGGCGCAUCGGAUCUCCAAAUCAAAGUUCAGUCGCUACUGGCGCCGGUGGAAUCGGUUCUGCAGGAGAAAGUGCCGUGCCGCUGUCAAGUCCAAUGUCUUCUACUGGUUGGUCAUCUUCCUCGUGUUUCUCAACACCCUUACUAUUGCCUCUGAACACUACAACCAGCCUGACUGGCUCACGGAGGUCCAAGACACUGCCAACAAGGUGCUGCUAGCUCUUUUCACGGCAGAGAUGCUGCUGAAGAUGUACAGCCUUGGUCUGCAGGCCUACUUUGUGUCCCUCUUCAACCGCUUCGACUGUUUCAUCGUGUGUGGAGGGAUCCUGGAGACGAUCCUGGUGGAGACGAAGAUCAUGUCGCCGCUGGGCAUCUCGGUGCUGCGCUGCGUCCGGCUCCUCAGGAUAUUUAAGAUCACAAGAUACUGGAACUCCCUGAGUAACCUUGUGGCUUCACUCCUGAAUUCAGUCCGCUCCAUUGCCUCCCUGUUGCUGCUGCUCUUCCUCUUCAUUAUCAUUUUCUCACUCCUGGGAAUGCAGCUCUUUGGGGGCAAGUUUAACUUUGAUGAGAUGCAGACCAGGAGGAGUACGUUUGACAACUUCCCCCAGUCCCUCCUCACUGUGUUUCAGAUCCUGACUGGGGAGGACUGGAAUUCGGUGAUGUAUGAUGGGAUCAUGGCUUAUGGCGGCCCCUCUUUUCCAGGAAUGUUGGUCUGUAUUUACUUCAUCAUCCUCUUCAUCUGUGGAAACUAUAUCCUGCUGAAUGUGUUCUUGGCCAUUGCUGUGGACAACCUUGCUGAUGCUGAGAGUUUGACAUCUGCACAGAAAGAGGAGGAAGAGGAAAAGGAAAGGAAAAAGCUAGCUAGGACUGCUAGUCCUGAAAAGAAACAGGAGAUAGAGAAAACAGCUGUGGAGGAGGAGACAAAGGAGGAGAAAAUCGAGCUGAAAUCCAUCACUGCUGAUGGAGAAUCCCCACCUGCUACCAAGAUUGAUGUGGAUGAUUAUCAGCCCAAUGAAAAUGAAGAAAAGAGCCCUUACCCCACAACUGAAGCAACAGCAGAAGAAGAUGAGGAAGAACCUGAGAUGCCUGUAGGCCCUCGGCCUCGCCCAAUGUCUGAGCUGCACCUCAAGGAGAAGGCUGUGCCCAUGCCUGAUGCCAGUGCUUUUUUCAUCUUCAGUCCUAACAACAGGUUUCGUGUCCACUGCCAUCGAAUCGUUAAUGAUAACAUUUUCACCAACUUGAUCCUAUUUUUCAUCUUGCUCAGCAGCAUCUCCCUGGCAGCUGAGGACCCCGUCCGGCACCUCUCCUUUAGGAACCAAAUCCUAGGCAAUGCAGACUAUGUCUUCACUAGUAUCUUUACAUUAGAAAUUAUUCUGAAGAUGACAGCCUACGGGGCUUUCCUCCACAAAGGCUCCUUCUGCAGAAACUACUUCAACAUCUUGGACCUGCUGGUGGUCAGCGUUUCUCUCAUCUCCUUUGGCAUCCAGUCCAGUGCCAUCAAUGUGGUGAAGAUCCUGCGUGUUCUGCGAGUCCUUAGACCACUGAGGGCCAUCAACAGAGCCAAAGGACUAAAGCACGUGGUCCAGUGCGUGUUUGUGGCCAUCCGAACCAUCGGCAACAUCGUGAUUGUCACCACUUUGCUGCAGUUCAUGUUUGCCUGCAUUGGGGUCCAGUUGUUCAAGGGCAAGUUGUACAGCUGCACGGAUAGCUCCAAGCAGACAGAAGCAGAAUGCAGAGGGUACUACAUUACAUACAAGGAUGGGGAAGUGAACCAGCCCAUGAUACAGCCCCGGAGCUGGGAGAACAGCAAGUUUGACUUUGACAACGUCCUGACUGCCAUGAUGGCCCUCUUCACUGUCUCAACCUUUGAGGGCUGGCCAGAGUUGCUGUAUAGGUCCAUUGAUUCCCACAUGGAGGAUGUAGGACCCAUCUAUAAUCACAGGGUUGAGAUCUCCAUCUUCUUUAUUAUCUACAUCAUCAUCAUUGCUUUCUUCAUGAUGAACAUCUUCGUUGGUUUCGUCAUCGUCACAUUUCAGGAACAAGGAGAACAAGAGUACAAGAACUGUGAGCUGGACAAAAACCAGCGCCAGUGUGUAGAAUAUGCCCUGAAAGCCCGGCCCCUGCGGAGGUACAUCCCUAAGAACCAGUACCAGUACAAAGUCUGGUAUGUGGUCAACUCCACCUAUUUUGAGUACCUGAUGUUCGUCCUGAUCCUGCUGAACACCAUCUGCCUGGCCAUGCAACACUACGGUCAGAGCUGCAUGUUCAAGGAAGCCAUGAACAUCCUCAACAUGCUCUUCACUGGCCUCUUCACUGUUGAAAUGGUCCUGAAAUUAAUCGCCUUCAAACCCAAGGGUUACUUUAGUGAUCCUUGGAAUGUUUUUGACUUCCUCAUCGUAAUUGGCAGCAUUAUAGACGUCAUUCUCAGUGAAACUAAUCACUAUUUCUGUGAUGCAUGGAAUACAUUUGACGCCUUGAUUGUUGUGGGUAGCAUUGUUGAUAUAGCAAUCACCGAGGUGAACCCAGCUGAACAUACCCAAUGCUCUUCCUCUAUGAACGCAGAGGAAAACUCUCGCAUCUCAAUCACCUUCUUCCGACUCUUCCGCGUGAUGCGCCUGGUGAAGCUCCUGAGCCGAGGGGAGGGCAUCCGGACGCUGCUCUGGACCUUCAUCAAGUCCUUCCAGGCUCUCCCCUACGUGGCUCUUUUAAUAGUGAUGUUGUUCUUCAUCUACGCUGUGAUCGGGAUGCAGGUGUUUGGUAAAAUUGCGCUGAACGACACCACCGAAAUCAACCGCAACAACAACUUCCAGACCUUCCCCCAGGCAGUGCUGCUGCUUUUCAGGUGUGCCACCGGUGAGGCCUGGCAGGAAAUCAUGCUGGCAUGUCUCCCAGACAAGAAGUGUGACCCAGAGUCAGAGCCAGCCAACUCCACUGAAGUUGAUCACUCCUGUGGCAGCAGCUUUGCCGUUUUCUAUUUCAUCAGCUUCUACAUGCUCUGUGCCUUCCUGAUCAUCAAUCUUUUUGUAGCUGUUAUAAUGGAUAACUUUGAUUACCUGACACGGGACUGGUCCAUUCUAGGACCACACCACCUGGAUGAGUUUAAAAGGAUCUGGGCAGAGUAUGACCCUGAAGCCAAGGGGCGGAUCAAGCACUUGGACGUGGUGACCUUGCUGCGGCGGAUCCAGCCCCCGCUGGGCUUCGGGAAGCUGUGUCCUCACCGGGUGGCAUGCAAACGCCUGGUCUCCAUGAACAUGCCCCUGAACAGCGAUGGGACUGUUAUGUUCAAUGCCACUCUCUUUGCCUUGGUCAGAACAGCGCUGAGGAUCAAGACAGAAGGUAACCUGGAGCAAGCCAACGAAGAGCUCAGAGCAAUAAUUAAGAAAAUUUGGAAGCGCACCAGUAUGAAGCUGCUGGACCAGGUGGUGCCUCCUGCAGGUGACGAUGAGGUGACCGUGGGGAAGUUCUACGCCACCUUCCUGAUUCAGGAGUACUUCCGGAAGUUCAAGAAGCGCAAAGAGCAGGGGCUGGUGGGCAAGGCCUCGCAGCGCAACGCGCUCUCCCUCCAGGCUGGUUUGCGCACACUCCAUGACAUCGGCCCGGAGAUCCGAAGGGCCAUUUCUGGAGACCUGACUGCUGAAGAAGAACUAGAUAAGGCCAUGAAAGAAGCUGUUUCUGCUGCCUCUGAAGAUGAUAUCUUCCGGAGAGCUGGAGGCUUGUUUGGAAACCACGUCAGCUACUACCAAAGCGAUGGCAGGAGCGCGUUCCCCCAGACCUUCACCACUCAGAGACCUCUGCACAUCAACAAGUCUGGCAACAACCAGGGAGAUACUGAGUCUCCAUCUCAUGAGAAGCUGGUGGACUCGACCUUCACCCCCAGCAGCUACUCAUCUUCAGGCUCCAAUGCCAACAUCAACAAUGCCAACAACACUGCCCUGUGCCGCUUCCCCAGCCCACCCAGCUACCCCAGCACUGUCAGCACAGUGGAGGGCCAUGGUACUCCUUUGUCACCCACCAUACGUGUGCAGGAGGCUCCUUGGAAACUACCCUCUAAAAGCUCCAGUUCCAGAGACAGCCAGCUGGCAAUUGUUUGCCAAGAGGAAGUGUCUCAGGAUGAGACUUAUGAUGAAAAUUUGAAUGAAGACAUUGAGUACUGUAGUGAACCAAGUCUGCUCUCUACCGAAAUGCUUUCCUACCAAGAUGAUGAAAACAGACAACUUACCCCACCAGAGGCCAGCAAAGGAGAAGACAGCCGGCACUCUCCCAAGAAAGGCUUUCUGUGCUCCUCGGCACUAGGUCGAAGAGCAUCUUUUCACUUAGAGUGUCUGAAAAGACAGAAGAACCAGGGUGGAGAUGUCUCGCAGAAGACAGUUCUGCCUUUGCAUCUGGUACACCAUCAGGCAUUAGCGGUGGCAGGCCUGAGUCCACUGCUGCAGCGAAGCCAUUCCCCCACCAUGUUCUCUCGGCUGUGCGCUACGCCUCCCGCUACACCCUGCAACCGUGGCUGGCCGCAGCAGACCAUCCCAACUCUGCGCCUCGAAGGGGCAGAGUCCAGCGAGAAGCUCAACAGCAGCUUCCCAUCGGUGCACUGCAGCUCUCAGUACCCUGCCAACACUGGCUGCAGCAGCCCCAGGAGAGCCAGGCCAGUCUCCCUCACCGUCCCCAGCCAGACCGCCGGGAGCAGCAGGCAGUUUCACGGCAGCGCUAGCAGCCUGGUUGAAGCGGUCUUGAUUUCGGAAGGACUGAUGCAGUUUGCUCAAGAUCCAAAGUUCAUUGAGGUCACAACCCAGGAGCUCGCAGACGCCUGUGACAUGACGAUAGAAGAGAUGGAAAGUGCAGCAGACAACAUUCUCAAUGGUAACAGCAAGCAGAGCCCCAAUGGCAACCUCUUGCCUUUUGCUAACUGCAGGGACCCAGGGCAGGACAGUGCAGGAGAGGAAGAGGAAGAGGUGCAGAACCCGGAUUGUAGAAAAAGUCAGGAGGAGCUCAAGGACAGCAGGAUUUAUAUCAGCAGCCUGUAGUUGGCAGGGCUGGAAGCGAUGCUGGUUUUUUAUUUGUUUCAAUGUUCCUAAUGGGUUUGUUUCAGAAGUGCCUCACUGUUCUCGUGACCUGGAGUAACCGGAACAGCGUUCUUCAUUCAUUUCUGUUGGGACGAGUCGCAGAGUUGGGUGGUGUAAGAAAGCUUUUCAGGAGCGGAUAUAACCCCAGCGUGUGUCCGUGAAGGAAGAGUGAGGAGGAGGAGUGAGGAGGAGAGCCAGCUCCCUCUUUUUUUCCAGUCCCUGCACAAGGAACGAUGACUGCCUCCCAAACGCGAAGGGAAGCCUCAGCUUCCUGUGGAUGGCCCUAGCCAAAAGGACCCUGCAUCAAACGGGUGUCUUUCAACUUUGCUUGUAAAAACCAUUUUGCACAUAUUCUGUAUGAGCCUCACCGUCUCCAUAAAGCCAAGGCCCUUUGUUUCAGAAGGAGAGGAGGACUUCUUCUGCUGUGGAUUCCCGUACCGCAAAGAGGAGGAGGAGGAAGCAGAAGAAGCCCAAGGGGCAGCGCUGCCCAACCCUGCCAAGACUCCCAGGCAGCGGCCUUUGCCAACCAGCCCAAGCUCAGGCCAGCCGCUUCUGCCGACCAAUGAGAGCUCAAGCAGUCACUUGCCAGCCAAUCCGAGUUCAGGCAGUCUCCUGCCAACCAAUCAGAGCUCAGACAGCCAGCUGUGCCAGCCAGCGGGCGAGCGGGGAGCAGGCUCUGUGGUGGGGCUGAGCCAAGUUGCCCCUCGCUUUGCCGAGGUGGUGGUGGGCUUGUGUAGAUCUCUCCUUGUUUUGCAGUCUGACGUUCUCUCGACAGCAUGUUGCCGGUUUUAUUUUGACUGUUUUAUUCUGAUUCUGAUCAUUAUUGUUAUUAUUUUCUUUCCCCGGAGGGAGAAGGGAGCGUUUACAACGUUUUGUAACCACCUACCUUUUUUUUGUGUCGGUUUCUUUCACACCUUUGCAAACCUUCAGUCAGUUUGAUCAUGCUGUAUUAUUUAAACUUGGUGGUGGUGGAGGGUGUUGGUUGGUUGGUUUGGGGCUGUUUUUCUGCCCCCCACCCCACCUCUUCUCCACGGCAAUUGGGUAGAGUGUGAUGGUAGAGGAGAUUUACCAACCAUUAUGUA